AUGUCCAAACUCACCACAUUCAGCGACCAGACCACCGCAUCGACACUAGCAAAACAUACGGUCCUGACCCUCCUCGCUCUACAAGACUCGCUCGCCGCCUGCCCGCCCCGCAUCCGCGACGCAUACGAGGCCUCUGCCAUUGAGAAUGCCUCUUCUCGAUGGCUGCGGCUCUGCGUCGACAUCAAGGCCGCGGAGAGCAAAUGCGCGUCAUCCGCGCGCGGAUCGGGAUCCGGAUCCGGGUCACACGACGCUCGAUUUGAGGCGCUUUGGGGGUAUAUCGAGGAUGUUCACCGGUAUCUGGCGCAGUGCUUGGAAGUCACGGAGCGCGUUGUCAAGGGGGGGCCUCUUGGAUGUGGCUCUAACUGUGACUGUGGCUCUGACUGCAACAACUCUCACCAGUGUACGCGAUCCUUCUCUUUCUCUCGCUCUUCUGCAUCGUUGUCAUUGUCCUCAACACCGGGCGGCUUGGCGGAAGACGAUGCCAUCCGCGUGCUAACUAAGAACAGGCGACGCAUCCCGGCGACAAUCACCACGCUCGAGACAAUUGUGAAGACAAUUGUGAAAAAGUACACGUAG